AUGAGCAAAAGAAAAGCUCCAAGUGAUUCCACAAAUCCAAAUCACGAUUUUUGUGAAUUUUUGAUAGAAUUGGCUGAUUAUGAGAAACAUGUUGUACGUAAUAAAUAUAAGGGCAACGCUUACCAAAAAGCAGCGAGUGCAUUAGCUAAGUACGGAAAACGAAUUAAUUCUGGCGAGGAAGCUCAAAAACUAGAUGGAAUUGGUGCUAAAAUAUCCAAGAAAAUUGAUGAGUUUUUAGAAACUGGAACAUUAAAAAAACUGGAUAAUAUAAGAGUUGAUGAUGCUGCAGUUUCUAUUAAAGAUUUAACAAGAGUUAGUGGUAUUGGACCAGCUAAAGCAAAAGAAUUAUAUGAUUCAGGUGUUACAAAUAUUGACAUUCUAUUAAAAAAUCAAGAUAAAUUAAAUCAUCAUCAAAUUUUGGGACUUAAGUAUUUAAAUGACUUUGAGGAAAAAAUACCAAGAAAUGAAGUUGUUGAAGUAGAACAAAUUAUCAAGAAAACAUUACAUAAUUUGGAUCCUAAAUACAAGGUUACUAUUUGUGGCAGUUAUAGACGAGGUAAAGAGUUUUGUGGAGAUAUUGAUACAUUGAUUUCUCAUCCAUCGUUUAUGUCUCAUGGUCUUAAGAAAAAAAGUGACAAAUUGCAAGUGGUUGUGGAUAUUCUGAAAAAAAAUAACCUCAUCACUGAAACUAUAUCGUUGGGGGAAGCAAAGUUCAUGGGUGUAUGCAAAGUGAAUUGUAUAUCAAGGAGAUUAGACAUUCGCCUAAAUCCAUAUGAUCAGUUUUAUUGUGCCGUUCUUUAUUUUACUGGGAGUGAUUUAUUUAAUAAGCAAAUGAGAGAGCAUGCUAUAAAGCAAGGUUUUACACUUAAUGAAUAUACUUUGCGGCCAAUGGGUUCUACAGGUAUACCAGGUGAACCUGUGGAGAUAAACAGUGAAGAAGAUAUUUUUGAUUAUAUAGAUUAUCCUUACAAAAAGCCAGAAGAACGCAAUAUAUAG